CUCCUAGACUCAGGAGCCACUGGGAACUUCAUGAGUCCUGAGUUCAUCCAGAAGCACAAGCUCAAGACAACCCCACUCCCACAGCCCAUCCCCAUCUGCAAUGUCGAUGGGACCCCAAACAAGAAUGGAGCCAUAACUGAAGAACUAGAGGCCCUCCUGACGUUUGGGUGGCACACAGAGCGAGCCCGUUUCGCUGUUUGGCCGGGCCCUGACACUGUUGCAAACCUUGAACAACAAUCCCUCAUCAUAGGGCACUUGUGGCUGCUCCACCACAACCCGGAAGUGGACUGGGCAUGACAGAAAGUCACCAUGUCCCGUUGUCCAUCGUCCUGCCAGCUACCGUGGGUGCCAGACAACCAGAACCCCGAGCUAGAGUCUGGGGACAGGAUCUAUGCUGUGAUCAUCCCCCCAGGGUAGGGCCACGACCUGAGGGCAACCACAACACCCUCCCAGUGGAUGGCCC